UCAUACCAUUCUCAUGCUAGACAGUAGAUGGAUUUGUUUAGUAAGAUUAAGCCAUAGCUUGCUGCCAUUCUCUUGCAACUUGGCAGUGCCAGGAUGGAUGUCCUGUCCAAGGCAGCACUGAACCAGGGGAUGAGCAACUAUGUGCUUGUUGUCUACCGCCAAGCAGUUGCCACCAUUGUUAUAGCUCCUUUUGCCACCAUUUUUGAUAAGAAAGUAAGGCCAAAGAUGACAGUUGCAAUCUUCACCAAGAUAAUGGUGCUCGCCUUAUUGGAGUAAAUAUCUGAUCGAAUUGUAUAAUCAAAUUUCUUCAUGGCA